UUCUUGUUCGUCAUGUUAUGGUCAUAGUUUUUUCUUUUUUUGUGUGUCCAUCAGUAUAUAUUCCAUUCAACACACUUCUCGGAAUCAACUCUCUUUGAUCGAUGGUUAUUCACAUGAGGUUCUCCUCUCAAUUAUGAUAUUUUGUGUUUACAGGUUCAAAAAAGCGAUUUUCAAUGGGCCUUUUAGUACCAUCUUAGUACUACUAAGAGUAUUUAUGGAAUAAUAUAUUCAUGUAUCAAUACAGGUUCUUCAAUAAUUACAUACUAGUAUUAAUUAUUCAAUUAGGAAUGAUUUUCUCCGUCAAUUAUUGUACUUCCUAUAGUUUGCUUAUUCGACACUUUCCUCUAUCUCCUAGUAAUAUAUAAAGAGAAAUGAAGUUAGAUGAGAAGGAAACAUCAAGAAAUUAAGAUGACAAGUCCAACAAUAGUCCUCUACCCAUCCCCAGGAAUGGGCCACCUCGUAGCCAUGGUGGAGCUCGGCAAAUUCAUCCUCCACCACCACCCUUCCUUAUCCAUCACCGUCCUCAUCUCCCCUCCCUCCUUCAACACCGGCUCCACCAUGGACUACGUCCGCCACAUCUCCGCCACUGUCCCCUCCAUCUCUUUCCACCACCUCCCCACCAUCUCCCUCGACCUCCUCUCCUUCCCAUCCAUGGAGGCCGUCAUCUUCGAGCUCCUCCGCCUCAGUAGCCCCCACGUUCGCUCCGCCCUAGACUCCCUCUCCCGCGCUACCCCUAUCUCCGCCUUCGUCAUCGACUUCUUCUGCACCGCCUCCCUCCCCAUCGCCGCCGACCUCCAUAUCCCCACCUAUUUCUUCGUCACCUCUGGCGCCUGCGUCGUCGCCUUCUUUACAUACCUCCCCGUCAUCCAUAACUCCACCACUGAAAGCUUCAAAGACAUGAACCGGCUUCUGCAUAUCCCCGGCGUCCCUCCCAUCCCGUCUUCAGACAUGAUGAGGCCCAUGCUCGACCGGACAUGGUCGGAGUAUCAAAACUUACUUAAUUUCGCUAAUGAGAUACCAAACUCGGCUGGUUUGAUCGUCAAUACAUUUGAAAGCUUAGAACCUAAGCCUCUUCAAGCAAUCCGGGAAGGGAAAUGCAACCCUGGCGGAAACACGCCGCCAGUUUUCUGCGUGGGACCUCUCUUGAACACUGAGAACCAGCGCGAAGAGUACAAUGAGGUCGAGUGUAUGAAAUGGCUGGAGAAGCAGCCUAGUAAGAGCGUCGUAUACAUAUGUUUGGGGAGUUUAGGGUUGUUAUCCGCGGCUCAGUUGAGUGAGCUUGCAGUGGGGCUGGAGAGGAGCGGGAAGAAGUUUUUAUGGGUGGUACGGUCGCCGCCGACGGAGGAUAAGAGCAGGCGGUAUCUGAAGCCACCGGAGCCGGAUUUGGAGGAGCUGCUGCCGGCGGGGUUCGUGGAGCGGAUGGGGGAGAGGGGGAUGGUGGUGAAGUCGUGGGCCCCGCAGGUGGCGGUGCUUGGGCACGCGGCGGUGGGGGGUUUCGUGACGCACUGCGGGUGGAACUCGAUACUGGAGGCGGUGUGCGCGGGCGUGCCAAUGGCGGCGUGGCCGAUGUACGCGGAGCAGCACUUCAAUAGGGUGGUGUUGGUGGAGGACAUGAAGGUGGCGGUGAGGGUGGUGGAGGAUGAGGAGGGGUUCGUGUCGGCGGAGGAGGUGGAGAAGCGGGUGGUGGAGCUGAUGGAGGGGGCAGAGGAGGUGAGGAGGGAGGUGGAGAAGAAGAGCGUGGAAGCGAGGGAAGCCAUGGCGAAUGGGGGAUCUUCGGUUGCGGCGCUCGGGAAGAUGGUGGAAUUGUGGACCUCUGCUUAGUGUGUUAAUCUUUGUUGUUUUUGUUUUUAUUUUUGUCUUAUUCAAAUAAUUGGACAAUGUUUUAUUAAUGCAAGCUAAUAAAUAAAUUUGUAAGUUUAGCAUCACAACAAUCUUUGAAGUAACUCAAGGGGGAGUAAUAGGGACUCCGUGGAUUUACGA